AUCGUGGCGGAGCCGUAGCGUUUGGUUCUGACUCACAUCUCAAAUCCUCAAAGGUCACCUGCAGUCCCAUCGCCAACCAACAUCCCUCAACAUUGCCCCCUAGUGGAUGUCCGGAGAUUGUGACCCUGGUGCUGUUCGGAAUAAAUCACACGAUAAACGAUGUGCCUGAGAGAGAAGGGGUCAUCUGAAGGGCUGCAGCAUUAGGAGCUGCUGCUACAUGCCGGCGGAGGUCCAGGACCCCACUGUGUCCUCCUCAUAGUUAACAAUAACAUCGCACAUAUAACAUGUAUCUCUUACUGAGUUAGAGAUCACCAUCCUACACGCACUCAACAGAUACCACCAAGACCAGGAAGGAAUCCAGAUGGAUAGAACGUCAAAUUUCUCAUUGCCAACCCUCCUUUCAACUCCAGGGAACUCCAGUCACCACACGCCCCCCCCCGAGUCCCAGAGGUGGGAGUUCCUGGUGGCGGUGCUGGCCACGGCCGUCUCCGUGUCCGUGCUGCUGGCCGUCCUGGCCAAGUGCCAGGUGAUCCGACGCUACCUGGCGAGCUACAGGCACACCCGCCUGAGGGACGGGGACAGCGUCAGCCAGGGGGACCCCUCAGGUCACGGCGUGGAGUUCUCCAUGCACGGCGGCCGGGGGGGAACCCACACUGCAUCCCUCCUAUCCACGAGGAGGACGACGACGGCUUCAUCGAGGACAACUACAUCCAGAGCAGCGAGCGGGAGAAGGCGGAGCGCGCCGCGGGGGGAUUCGAGGACAACAGCGCAGUUCAGUUCAGUUCAGUGUUCGGACAGCUUGGGGACAUGGAGGACGAAGACGACCAGAUGGACGAGAUCCAGUUCUCCAUCGCCUAAGUCGUUCCUUCGGUUUAAGGGUCAAGCACUUUCAUAGAUCAGACGGCUUGAGUACGUAUUCUGCUAACAAACACAUGAUGAUUUGCUGUUUUGACACAAUGUAACUUUUUUUUAAAUGACCGGAAGAUACUGUAAUGAAUUAAUGUUUUGUACAAUGGAUCUUUGAAAUAACUUGUGGGCUUUAACAAAAAUAAAUCUAAUUUUGUGA